GGAUUCUGUGGAGAUGGGCAAUGCCAGUGCAGUGCCUGUGGAGAAAGAGGCUCCCCUCACGGCAAGGCCCAUGUCUCGUCCGAGACUGGACUGGCACAAGACCCUGCAGCCUGGGAGAUAUGAGGAUCUAACCCCAGUGGAGAGAAACCAGCUGGAGGAGGAGAGGAGGAGGAGGCUGCUUGGUUGGCUUAACCGAAGAGAGGCUGCUAAAGAGAAGGCUAAUGCUAGCAGGGAUGCUAGUCCAGAAGUUGUGUUGGAUUCUGUGGAGAUGGGCAAUGCCAGUGCAGAGCCUGAGGAGAAAGAGGCUCCCCUCACGGCAAGGCCCAUGUCUAGUCAGAGACUGGACCAGAAUAACUACCAUCCAAGAGUGCACAGGGGUGACCAGCAGACCCUGCAGCCUGGGAGGUGCGAUGAUCUAACCCCAGCAGAGAGAGACCAGCUGGAGGAGGAGAAAAGGAAGUGGCUGCUUGGCUGGUUUAAACGGAGGGAGGCUGCGAAGGAGAAGGCUCAAACUGUAACCAGUAUCAGUGAGCCUGAGAAGGCGGUGGAGAAAGAGGCUCUGGAGACAGUGCCGGAGAAACAACGAGAGGCAGAUGAGGGAGAAAAUGAGGCAAAGAUGAACAGUGAUUCCGCAGGGGAAACCCCUUGUGGGAUAACGGGUGAUGUGUCUGCCCAUCUGAACUUGUCAUACCCAACCCUGCAAUGUGCUGAGAACAGGAGCUCUCAGCUGGCCGAGUGGGACGGGAGCAGUUCGUCUCAGCAGCUUGGUGAUAUAGACAGAGAGAGGUCCAUGUCUCGUCCAAGACUGGAGUGGCAAAAAUACCAACCAAGACUGCGCAGGGAUGUGUAGUGGACCCCGCAGUCUGGGCGGUGUGAUGCUCUAACCCCAGCAGAGAGAGACCAGCUGGAGGAGGAGAGGAGGAAGAGGCUCCCUGGCUGGUUUAAGCGAAGGGAGGGCGCAACCCUCUACCUCACUGCCUUGAAUGCAGCCACGCAGGCUGCAGAGAGUUGCGGUAAGAACGACAGCCAAAGAGGAAAGAGGAUCCUACGACAGUGAGGGGGAGUCAAUGCACCUCCAGUUAUUGGAUCUCCAGUGGCCAGAACAGGGCGAGAAUGGGUGCAAAAUGUGAAGAGCACUUCUACAAAAAUAAAUGAAUCAAUAAUUAUAAAAAUCUAUUACAUCACAUUAAUAUAUUUCCAUUGAUUAAUAAUAAAUGUAUUAUAUUUAAUGUAAUAGGCAUCUUGGUUGUUCUUCUCUUAUCUCAUAAUCACAUGGAUCACAGAAAUAAAAUAUUGCAUUUGGUGUUAGAGACCAAGAAAUCACA